UGCUGUGUCGUGGAAAUGUUUUCAUUUUGAAAGACAAUUUUCAUUUUAAUUAUCAAACAUAGGUGUCUUGUUUUAUCUCAUGCGAUGCUAUAACAGUUUACUUUGCCGGCAGACAGAGAUAAGCGGCGAGUGUAUUAAUUUCGGGUGACCUUUCUCUCAUAAAUUGUUCGUUCGAGGUUAUUUUCUUGUGGUUUUCCAAAACAAACAUGAGAUUAACAUUGCGAUUAUUUUCUUCUGUUGUUCAAAAAAGACCAUUUUUCGUUUCUACACCGAUCUUCUAUGUGAACGCCGCCCCUCACCUAGGGCACCUGUACUCUGCAGUGGUAGCGGACGCUAUACAAAGGUUUGAGAAGCUGACAGACCCCAACUGCAAUGUCUUGUUUAGCACAGGCACCGACGAGCACGGUACAAAGAUCCAGCAAGCGGCCUCAAAAGUCGGACAAGCGCCAGCCGAGUAUUGCUCGACAAUCUCCGAGGAAUACCGCCGUCUCUUCGCAGAGUACAACGUGGAACAUACAGACUUCGUCAGAACUACGGAGGAUAGACACAAGAAGGCUGUGGCUCACUUCUGGAAGGAGCUGGUAGAAGGCGGUCACAUCUACAAAGCCGUGUAUUCAGGCUGGUACAGCGUCAGUGACGAGAGCUUCGUGCCCGAGGCGCACACGAGGGAGGUCGUGCAAAACGGACGGAAGGUGAAGGUGUCAGUGGAGUCCGGGCACGAGGUGGAGUGGACCGAGGAACCCAACUACAUGUUCCGUCUGAGCGCCUUCCGGGAACAUUUACAGCGGUGGCUCAAAACAGAUGGAGUAAUAACGCCCAGCAAGUUCCAAAAACAGCUCCAGGAACAGUUAGAGCGGGAAACUUAUUUCCCCGACAUCUCCGUCAGCCGACCCGCCUCGCGGGUUCACUGGGCUAUCCGGGUACCAGGCGACGAAGACCAGAGUAUAUACGUGUGGCUGGACGCGCUGGUCAACUACCUCACCGUGACCGGAUAUCCGGACGAGGACACUAUGCGAGCCCGCGGCCGCGCUUGGCCCGUCGACGUCCACGUUGUGGGGAAGGAUAUACUUAAAUUCCACGGGGUGUACUGGCCGGCGUUCCUGAUAGCGGGCCGCCGCCACCCGCCGCGGAGGCUCGUGUGCCACGCGCACUGGACCAGGGACGGCGUCAAGAUGUCCAAGUCUUUAGGCAAUGUUGUCUGUCCGAGGAAUACUCCGGUCACUGGCGAUGCUUUAAGAUACUUCCUGCUGAGGGAGGGGACGUUACAUAGCGAUGCCAAUUACAGUGAGAGCAAGUUAAUAAACAUAGUGAACUCGGAGCUGGCGGACACACUGGGCAACCUGGUGUCCCGCUGCUGCGGCGCCGCGCUCAACCCGCGAGGCGAGUUCCCCGCGCUGCACAAGGCCGAGGCGGCACUACUCGUCAGGCGGGAUGUCACACAAGCGUUAUUAACACGAGUGGAAAGAUUACCAGACCAAUGCCGAGAAUACUACUCGACGUACCAGUUCUACAAGGCGGUGGACGAGACCGUCGCCGCCCUCCACGCCUGCAACCUGUUCUUCGAGGCUCUCAAGCCGUGGGAACUGCGCAAGGAGAACCGCCAACGAGAGCUGGAUGUAGUCCUGCACCUGGCUCUGGAGACCCUGAGGGUGUCCGCUAUAGUGCUGCAGCCCGUCAUACCGCAGCUGGCGACUAGCUUGCUAGACAGGCUACAGAUCCCCAAGGACUGCAGGAGCUGGGAGCAUUGUGAGACGCCGUCGUGGCAGGUGGUGGGCGCCAUCCACGAGACGAAGAACAUCCGCGGCGGCAAGUUCGUGCUGUUCCCCCGAGUGUACCCGCCGGCGCCGCGGAACAAGAAGAAGGCCGCGCAGUGAACUCACGGCCACACAACACACACAGCUUACCGCCAUGGUUUAUUAUUCAUGUAGGCAUAUUACAAUGCGCUUAUGAACAUCAAAUAAAGCUACACCGGCUCUAACCCUACACCUCUGCCUCGAGAAGAUUUAAAUCCCCCCUCAAUUGGAGAAACGAGCAACUCGACAGGACACAUCU